UCGGUGCGGGAGGGAAAAAGGGGAGGAGUAGGGAGGUGUGAGGCGGGGUAGUAGUUAAAGGCGAAAACGCGGGGUUCGGCUUCUUACAGUCGAUGCGAGUGUGACUGUCUCGUUGCCCGGUGGCUGUUAGCCCACGAUUUUAAACAGUUUUUUGAAAGGAGUUAGGGAGCUGUUUCCUCCCACCCCCUAACGAGACGUCGCCUGACUGCUGGGAGUUUGAACCAUGCAAGGACCUCCUUCUGGAGACAGCGCAUGCCCACUGCGCACCAUCAAAAGGGUUCAGUUUGGUAUCCUGAGCCCAGAUGAAAUGAAACGGAUGUCUGUGACUGAAGGUGGAAUAAAGUACUCUGAGACCACGGAGGGGGGCCGCCCAAAGCUGGGUGGCCUGAUGGACCCCAGGCAAGGUGUGAUCGAAAGAACCGGAAGGUGCCAGACUUGUGCAGGUAACAUGACCGAAUGCCCAGGUCACUUUGGACACAUUGAGCUAGCGAAGCCAGUUUUUCAUGUUGGCUUCCUGACGAAGACGAUGAAAGUUCUGCGCUGCGUCUGUUUCUUCUGCUCCAAACUGCUGGUGGAUUCGAAUAAUCCUAAAAUCAAAGACAUCUUGAUCAAGUCUAAAGGCCAGCCACGCAAACGCCUGACCCAUGUAUACGACCUGUGCAAGGGCAAGAACAUCUGUGAGGGAGGAGAGGAAAUGGACAACAAGUUCGGAGUGGAGCAGCAAGAGGGUGAGGAGGACCUCACCAAGGAGAAGGGUCACGGGGGCUGUGGUCGGUACCAGCCUCGCAUUCGGAGGGUGGGCUUGGAGCUGUACGCAGAGUGGAAGCACGUGAAUGAGGACUCGCAGGAGAAGAAGAUCCUGCUGAACCCAGAGCGCGUGUAUGAGAUCUUCAAGCGCAUCACGGAUGAGGAGUGCAUCAUUCUAGGCAUGGACCCCAAGUACGCCAAGCCCGAGUGGAUGAUUCUGACCGUCCUCCCUGUGCCACCUCUCUCUGUGCGUCCAGCUGUUGUCAUGCAGGGCUCCGCGAGGAACCAGGAUGAUCUGACGCACAAGCUGGCCGACAUUGUGAAGAUCAACAACCAGCUGCGGCGGAAUGAGCAGAACGGGGCGGCGGCUCAUGUCAUUGCCGAGGACGUCAAGCUGCUGCAGUUCCACGUGGCCACCAUGGUGGACAAUGAGCUGCCUGGUCUCCCCAGGGCAAUGCAAAAGUCAGGCCGUCCCCUGAAAUCCCUCAAACAGAGGCUGAAGGGGAAGGAAGGCCGCGUGCGUGGUAACCUGAUGGGGAAGCGAGUGGACUUCUCGGCACGUACCGUCAUCACACCAGACCCCAACCUCUCCAUUGAUCAGGUCGGCGUGCCGCGGUCGAUUGCCGCCAACAUGACCUUCCCCGAAAUCGUCACUCCCUUCAAUAUCGACAGACUCCAGGAACUGGUGAGGAGAGGCAACAACCAGUAUCCCGGUGCCAAAUACAUCAUCCGAGACAACGGCGACCGAAUUGACCUACGCUUCCAUCCCAAGCCCAGCGACCUCCACCUCCAAAUUGGAUAUAGGGUGGAAAGGCACAUGUGUGACGGUGACAUCGUCAUCUUCAACCGACAGCCCACGCUGCACAAAAUGUCCAUGAUGGGGCACAAGGUGCGCAUCCUACCCUGGUCCACCUUUCGGCUCAACCUCAGUGUGACUACGCCGUACAACGCGGAUUUCGACGGUGAUGAGAUGAACCUCCACUUGCCUCAGUCCCUGGAGACGCGGGCAGAGAUUCAGGAGCUGGCCAUGGUGCCCAGGAUGAUCGUCACCCCACAGUCCAACAGGCCUGUCAUGGGUAUUGUGCAGGACACACUGACGGCUGUGCGCAAGUUCACAAAGCGAGAUGUUUUCAUGAGCCGGGGUGAAGUGAUGAACCUGUUGAUGCAUCUCUCGACCUGGGACGGCAAGGUGCCUCAGCCAUCCAUCCUCAAACCUCGGCCCCUGUGGACCGGCAAGCAGAUCUUCACACUGGUGAUCCCAGGGCAUAUCAACUGCAUCCGGACACACAGCACUCACCCAGAUGACGAGGACAAUGGCCCUUACAAGCACAUCUCGCCAGGGGACACCAAGGUGAUUGUGGAGAAUGGGGAGCUGAUCAUGGGCAUUCUGUGCAAGAAGUCGCUGGGUACUUCAGCCGGAUCCCUGGUACACAUCACCUUCCUGGAGAUGGGUCACGACAUCACAAGGCUGUUCUACAGCAACAUCCAGACUGUCAUCAACAACUGGUUGCUGAUUGAAGGUCACACGAUUGGCAUUGGUGAUUCUAUUGCUGAUGCUAAAACCUACCAGGACAUUCAGAAUACCAUCAAGAAGGCCAAGCAAGAUGUAAUCGAGGUUAUCGAGAAAGCUCACAACAAUGAGCUGGAGCCCACACCCGGCAACACCCUGCGGCAGACCUUCGAGAACCAGGUGAACCGAAUCCUGAACGAUGCCCGUGACAAGACCGGCUCAUCCGCCCAGAAAUCCCUGUCCGAGUACAACAACUUCAAGUCCAUGGUGGUUGCUGGCUCUAAAGGAUCAAAGAUCAACAUCUCACAGGUUAUUGCUGUGGUAGGGCAGCAGAACGUGGAAGGAAAGCGAAUUCCAUUUGGCUUUAAGCACCGCACUCUGCCGCACUUCAUCAAGGACGACUACGGCCCUGAGAGCAGAGGCUUUGUGGAGAACUCGUACCUGGCUGGCCUGACCCCCACCGAAUUCUUCUUCCACGCCAUGGGAGGCAGAGAGGGUCUGAUUGAUACAGCCGUCAAAACUGCUGAGACUGGUUACAUCCAGAGACGUUUGAUCAAGUCUAUGGAGUCUGUGAUGGUGAAAUAUGAUGCGACCGUGCGUAACUCCAUUAACCAAGUGAUCCAGCUGCGAUACGGCGAGGACGGGCUGGCGGGAGAGAGCGUGGAGUUCCAGAACCUGGCGUCGGUGAAGCCAUCCAACAAAUCUUUCGAGAAGAAGUUCAAGCUGGAGUACACCAACGAGCGCAGCCUGCGCAGAACCCUGCAGGAGGACAUUGUGAAGGAAAUCCUCAGCAACGCGGCUGUUCAGAACGAACUGGAGGUGGAGUUUGAGAAGAUGAAGGAAGACAGAGAGGUUCUAAGGGCUGUCUUCCCCACCGGAGACAGCAAGGUGGUUCUCCCCUGUAACCUGCUGCGGAUGAUCUGGAACGCCCAGAAAAUCUUCCACAUCAACACGAGAACGGCGACCGACCUGCACCCCAUCCGUGUGAUCGAAGGUGUGAAGGAGCUGAGCAAGAAGCUGAUCAUCGUGAACGGUGAUGACCCCCUGAGCCGGCAGGCCCAGGAGAAUGCAACACUGCUCUUCAACAUCCACCUGCGGUCCACCCUCUGCAGCCGCCGCAUGACCGAGGAGUUCCGUCUCAGCAGCGAGGCCUUCGAGUGGCUCCUGGGGGAGAUCGAGGCCAAGUUCAACCAGUCGAUCGCCCACCCCGGGGAGAUGGUGGGUGCCUUGGCUGCCCAGUCACUGGGAGAACCUGCCACACAGAUGACCCUGAACACCUUUCACUAUGCCGGUGUGUCAGCCAAGAACGUCACCCUGGGUGUCCCUCGUCUGAAGGAGCUGAUCAACAUCUCAAAGAAGCCCAAGACUCCCUCGCUCACAGUCUUCCUGCUGGGCCAGUCUGCCAGAGAUGCUGAGCGUGCCAAGGACAUCCUGUGUCGCCUGGAGCACACCACAUUGAGGAAGGUCACUGCCAACACGGCCAUCUAUUACGACCCAGAUCCCCAGAACACGGUGGUGUCCGAGGACCAGGAGUGGGUGAACGUCUACUAUGAGAUGCCGGACUUUGAUGUGACACGCAUCUCCCCCUGGCUCUUGCGUAUCGAACUCGACCGGAAGCACAUGACUGACCGGAAACUGACCAUGGAGCAGAUCGCGGAGAAGAUCAAUGCUGGUUUUGGUGAUGACUUAAACUGCAUUUUUAACGAUGACAACGCAGAGAAACUGGUGCUGAGAAUCCGCAUCAUGAACAGUGACGAGAAUAAGUUCCAGGAGCAAGAAGAGGAAGUGGUGGACAAGAUGGAUGAUGAUGUCUUCCUUCGCUGCAUCGAGUCAAACAUGCUGACGGACAUGACACUGCAGGGGAUUGAGCAGAUCAGUAAGGUGUACAUGCACCUUCCCCAGACCGACAACAAGAAGAAGAUCAUCAUCACCGAGGACGGGGAGUUCAAGGCGCUGCAGGAGUGGAUUCUGGAGACGGAUGGAGUCAGCCUGAUGCGGGUGCUGAGUGAGAAGGAUGUGGACCCCGUCCGCACCACCUCCAACGACAUUGUUGAGAUCUUCACGGUCCUGGGCAUCGAAGCUGUGCGAAAAGCCUUGGAACGGGAGCUGUACCACGUCAUCUCCUUCGAUGGUUCCUAUGUCAACUACCGCCACUUGUCUCUGCUAUGUGACACCAUGACGUGCCGGGGACACUUGAUGGCCAUCACCCGGCAUGGAGUGAACCGCCAGGACACGGGCCCACUCAUGAAGUGCUCCUUUGAGGAAACGGUGGACGUUCUGAUGGAAGCUUCGGCCCAUGGGGAGAUGGAUCCGAUGAAGGGAGUGUCCGAGAAUAUCAUGCUGGGGCAGCUGGCUCCUGCGGGCACCGGCGCCUUCGACCUGCUGCUCGACGCAGAGAAAUGCAAGUACGGCAUGGAGAUCCCCACCAACAUCGGCGGGCUGGGAGUCGGAGGACCCACUGGAAUGUUCUUUGGCUCGGCUCCCAGCCCAAUGGGAGGGAUGUCUCCUGCCAUGACUCCAUGGAACCAGGGAGCAACUCCUGCAUACGGAGCCUGGUCACCGAGUGUGGGCAGUGGGAUGACCCCAGGGGCUGCCGGCUUCUCUCCCAGUGCAGCUUCCGACGCCAGCGGCUUCAGUCCCGGUUACUCGCCGGCCUGGUCUCCGACCCCUGGGUCUCCAGGCUCCCCAGGCCCCUCCAGUCCCUACAUCCCGUCUCCAGGUGGGGCGAUGUCCCCCAGCUACUCGCCAACUUCUCCUGCCUAUGAGCCGAGGUCUCCGGGCGGCUACACACCGCAGAGCCCCAGCUACUCACCGACAUCACCGUCCUACAGCCCCACCUCACCCUCCUACUCCCCCACCAGCCCCAACUACAGCCCCACCUCGCCCUCCUACUCCCCCACCAGCCCCUCCUACUCCCCCACCUCGCCCUCCUACUCCCCCACCUCGCCCUCCUACUCCCCCACCAGCCCUUCGUACAGCCCCACCUCUCCGUCCUACAGCCCCACCUCCCCCAGCUACAGCCCCACCAGCCCCAGUUACUCUCCCACCUCCCCAAGCUACUCGCCAACCAGCCCCUCCUACUCCCCCACCUCACCCUCUUACUCCCCCACCUCACCCUCUUACUCCCCCACCUCGCCCUCCUACUCCCCGACCAGCCCGAGCUACUCCCCCACCUCCCCCAACUACACUCCGACUUCUCCCAAUUACAGCCCCACCUCGCCCAGUUACAGCCCCACCUCGCCCAGCUACACUCCCACCUCCCCCAAUUACAGCCCUACCUCGCCCAGCUACAGCCCUACCUCGCCCAGCUACAGCCCCACCUCGCCCAGCUACUCGCCCUCCAGCCCUCGCUACACGCCCCAGUCGCCAACGUACACACCCAGCUCUCCCAGCUACAGCCCCAGUAGUCCGAGCUACUCCCCCACCAGUCCCAAGUACUCCCCCACCAGCCCCUCCUACAGCCCCAGCUCGCCAGAAUACACGCCCACCUCUCCCAAAUACAGCCCCACCAGCCCCAAGUAUUCGCCCACUUCCCCGAAAUACUCACCCACCUCUCCCACCUACUCCCCCACUACUCCCAAGUACUCGCCCACCAGCCCCACCUACUCACCCACCUCUCCAGUGUACACCCCCACCUCUCCGAAAUACUCGCCCACCUCCCCCACCUACUCGCCCACCUCCCCGAAAUAUUCACCCACCUCUCCCACCUACUCACCCACCAGCCCCAAGGGCUCCACCUACUCCCCUACCUCCCCCGGCUACAGCCCCACCUCUCCCACCUACAGCCUCACCAGCCCAGCCAUCAGUCCGGAAGACAGCGACGAGGAGAACUGAAGGGGAGUGGGCAGGGAGAGCGAGCGAGAGAGAGCCGCAGCCUCUUCACAGUCCCAUCGAACUGCACCCUCCGUGUGUAUAUAGACCACACCGGCCUCCUCGCCUCAGUGCCCUACUUGGACUUGAAUUCCUGUUUUAUAUUGACAUAGCGGGAAAGAAAUGGAGGAACGGUGAAUUUCUGGAAGGAUUUUUAACAAUAAGUUCCAAGAAGAUUUGGAAUGAAAGAAAAUCCCACCUGUAUAAUUUGAAUAUAUAUAUUUUUUGGACACUUUUCAAUCAUGGGUGCAUUAAUGGGUUUUAAAUGAAGGUUUCAAUAAACCUUUGAUCUUUUUUCACCUUUAAUGUACCAGGAUGUGUGAAUUUCAAUUUUUCUGUUGAGAAUGAUAUUCCUCGACCUGUCUGGCCUUCCUGGUACCCCAAGGGCAACAGGCUGGCUUCGUCUGUCGAGUAACACUGAUUUAUUUAUACAAUGUGAUUUGAGCUUUAAGGACGUUACCCGUGAGAGACUUCAUUCCAUCUGGAAGGAAGUGGUUCAUGCUGGGGGGGAGAGAGGGGUUGUAAUUGUUGAGGAUGGCAACUGAAAGCCCCUCCCUCCCCACACCUCCACUCAGUGUAGCUGAAGGUGGAUCCUAGUUUUUUUUGAGGGUAUG